AUGGGACUAGUUCGGCUGGAAGUUCCAAAGAAAAUGCUGCCAAUGUUGUCUCCCAAGAACAUUGGGAUGAUAUUUCUUUGUAGUAUGAACAACAUUGAACAACAAUAUAAAGAUUACAUCAAUGAUGCAAUAUUGUUGAGCAUAAACAAUUCAUACAACCAACUGCGCGAAGUACUAGCUUCGCACAUGGAUGUCGAUUUGACACGCAAAAACAUUCAAAUUGAAUAUCAGUUAACAGAUAUUGAAGGUAAAAUACGUAUACAUAAUGACAUGGGUUUGAAGGUUUACAUUAUGCAGAAAAGGAAGGUAAAGGCAAUGAGUACUUUGCCCUUGUACAUAAGUGUUUCAGAAAAGGAUAGUCUCAAUGAAUUGUUACACAUUAAUAUGCAAAUCACACCUGUGAUAGUUGUUGAUGCAAGUUAUCUUAGAGGACUGUAUAAUGGCACAUUUGUAGCUGCAUGUACCAUGGAUAGAGCCGGCCAUAUAUUUCUAUUGGCAUAUGGAAUAGUAGAUUCUAAAAAUAAUGCAUCCUGGACAUGGUUCUUUCAGAAUCUAAAGGAAGCAUACGGUGAAAGAGAACAUAUGUGUGUAGUUUUCGAUCGUAACCCAAGCAUUAUAAAAGCUGUUGCUGGUGUGUACAAUAAUGUACCACAUUACUCUUGUAUGUGGCAUCUAUGGGGUAAUGUGAAAAAAAUUAGGAAGUCACAUGAUGCAUUGUCGGAAAUCUUCUAUACCAUGGCGAAAUCAUACUCAAAGUCUGAAUUUCAUAAUUUAAUGGAGAAAGAGGAGUUAGUUGAUGUUAGGGUGAAGAAUUACUUGGAGUUGGCGGAAUACGAUAAGUGGGCUAGGUCAUAUGCAACAGUUCAUAGGGGAUGGACCUUAACAUCAAAUAUUGCAGAGUCAAUUAAUGCUGCAUUGGUAUCAGCUAGAGAACUUCCAAUAUACGAUUUUUUAGAGGAAGUAUGGAACUGUGAAAACAGACAGGAGGCAUUGUACACACGCACGGAUAUUAUUGAAAAAUUUCAAGCAAUUCUCCAACAAAAUCAAGCAGAGUGUAAACGUAUGAAGGUUAUACCAGUCUCAAAGUACGUCUAUACUGUCCACGAUAAGGAGAAACAUUUUAUAGUUUGUCUAAAGGAAAAAAAAUAUUCUUGUCAUGCAUUCCAAUUGGAUGAGAUACUAUGUGUGCAUGCUUGUGCUGUACUUAAUAGCAAGAAUCUUGAAAAAGGACUAAAUUGCUCUAAUCUAUACAAGCCAAAAACUGUACUGAGAACGUUUGAUCUUUCUAUAUAUCUUCUACCACAUAAAGAUGACUGGGUGAUACCUCAAGAUAUAUUAGAGGAAGUAGUUUUGUCCCCAAAAUACAAGCGCCUCCCUGGAGUACCUGCAAAGAAGGAGCGCUGUAAAUCAGGAAGAGAUAUGUUUGGAAAGAAAAGUAAAAAUUAUUGUAGUUCAUGCGGACAAAAAGGUCACAAUAGGCAUUCAUGUAGGAAAUACAACAAAAGAUACAUUUGA